AAUAACACAUCAGAAAUAGAUACAGGACUUUGCAGCUCUCUAGAAGAAACAAAUAGGAAUUAAUGGGUCCAUAAUUAACUUCAUGUUAAACCCGAACAUCACGAGGAGAAUACGUAUGUAUUGUAUGGGAUAUAAAGAUAAGGACAGAUUUCGUACCUAAGCACCAACAUUGUCACCGAGUAGUUUUCUUCUAAGAAUCAACUUUAGGCUUGUACAUAAUAGACACGUUAGUAUACAUUGCAAUUUUUCUUAUAUCCACUCCAAAAAGUGUCUGCAUGCAUAUGUGUCAGCCCUUAUCGAGUAUAAAGUAUCAUCGGCUUUCCGAGAGUUACAUAAGGGUUAGUCUAUUUCGCAAAAUCCGAUGUACGCCGCAGAUAUUACUGUCGACAUCGUGGCAAGUUUUACAACUACAGUUUAUGUAUACCAUUUAUUCGGAAAAAAGGGCCUCACUUACAACUGUUGUCGUUUACUGCAAUGUCUCCUCACUUACAACUGUGGUCGUUUACUACAAUGUAUCUUAUCGUUCAACUGUUGUCGUUUACUGCAAUGUCUCCUCAUUUACAACUGUGGUCGUUUGCUGCUAUCUCUCCUCAUUUACAACUGUAGUUGUUUACUGCUAUGUCUCUUAUUGUACAACUGUUGUCGUUGUCUGCAAUGUCUCCUCAUUUACAACUGUAGUCGUUUGCUGCUAUCUCUCCUCACCUACAACUGUAGUUGUUUACUGCAACGUCUCAUCACUUACAACUGUAUUUGUUCACUGCAAUGUCUCUUAUCUUACUACCGUUGUCGUUUACUGCAAUGUUUCUUUUCGUAAAACUGUUGUCGUUUACUGCAAUGUCUCUUUUCGUAAAACUGUUGUCGUUUACUGCAAUGUCUCUUUUCGUAAAACUGUUGUCUUUUACUGCAAUGUUUCUUUUCGUAAAACUGUUGUCGUUUACUGCAAUGUUUCUUUUCGUAAAACUGUUGUCGUUUACUGCAAUGUCUCUUAUCUUACAACUGUAGUUGUUUUAUUGCAAUGUCUCCUCACUUACAACUGUUGUCGUUUACAGCAAUGUCUCUUAUCUUACAACUGUAGUCGUUUACUGCAAUGUCUCAUCACUUUCAACUAUUGUCGUUUACAGCGAUAUCCUUAUCGUACGACUGUUGUCGUUUACUGCAAUAUCUCUUAUCUUACAACUGUUGUCGUUUACUGGAAUAUCUUUCCGCAUACAUGUGUUGUCGUUUACUGCAAUAUCUCCUCCCUUACAACUGCUGUCGUUGUCUGCUAUGUCUCAUAUCUUACACCGGUAGUCGUUUUCCGCAAUGUCUCUUAUCUUACGACUAUAGUCGUUUGCUGCAAUGUUUCUUCGCUUACAGCUGUUGUCGUUUACUGCAAUGUCUCUUAUCUUACAAUUGUUGUCAUUUGUUGUAAUGUCUCCUCACUUACAACUCUUGUCGUUUACUGCAAUGUCUCCUCACAUACAACUGUAGCCGUUCACCGUAAUGUCUCUUAUCUUACGACUAUGAUCGUUUUCUGCAAUGUCUUCCCACAUACAACUUUUGUCGGUUACUGCAAUGUAUCUUAUCGUACUAUUGUAGUCGUUUACUAAAAUGUCUCUUAUCUUACAACUGUUGUUGUUUACUGCAAUGUCUCUUAUCUUAA